AUGCAAGUAUCUCGUAUCUCUGCUGCUCCAUGUCGACCUCGUGUUGUACGUGUACGUCCGAAACCAAUUCUACCAAACAAUAACAUCGAUAAUGCUGGUGUCCAUAAUUCACUACCAGUUUCUCCACUCACACAGAAAAAUCUAUCAUUUUCUUUUCCGAAUGAUAGUUGGAAUUCAAAAGCCAGUUUCGCAUUGAAUCGACAAAGUAGGGUAUCACCACAAGAAAGAGAUCCAUGGCAGAAUAGUACGGAACAAUCGAAACAAAACAGAAAAAACCAACGGUAG